GCCGCUGAGCGCGGCCCCCAGGCGGCAGGCCCGGCCCGGCCCCGGAGCGAGCGCCCUCCGCGGCCCGGCUCCCCCGGGUCGGUUCCCUGCGCCCCGCCUGCGCCCCGCUGCUGCCCGGCCGGAGCAUGGAGACGGCGGAGAAGGAGUGCGGCGCCCUGGGCGGGCUCUUCCAGGCCAUCGUCAACGACAUGAAGAGCUCCUACCCCAUCUGGGAGGACUUCAACUCCAAGGCCACAAAGCUGCAUUCCCAGCUGAGGACCACUGUGCUGGCUGCUGUGGCCUUCUUGGAUGCCUUCCAGAAAGUGGCCGACAUGGCCACCAACACCCGAGGGGCCACGCGGGACAUUGGCUCAGCGCUCACGCGCAUGUGCAUGCGCCACCGCAGCAUCGAGACCAAGCUGCGGCAGUUCACCAACGCCCUGCUGGAAAGCCUCAUCAACCCACUGCAGGAGCGCAUAGAGGACUGGAAGAAGUCAGUUAACCAGCUGGACAAGGACCACGCGAAAGAGUACAAACGAGCCCGGCACGAAAUCAAGAAGAAGUCUUCAGACACCCUGAAGCUGCAGAAGAAAGCGCGCAAAGAGCUACUUGGGAAAGGAGACCUGCAGCCCCAGCUGGACAGCGCCCUGCAGGACGUCAACGACAUGUACCUGCUGCUGGAGGAGACGGAGAAGCAGGCAGUGCGCCGGGCCCUGAUUGAAGAGCGCGGUCGCUUCUGCACCUUUAUCACCUUCCUACAGCCUGUGGUGAACGGCGAGCUGACCAUGCUGGGAGAGAUCACCCACCUGCAGGGCAUCAUUGACGACCUGGUGGUGCUGACCGCAGAGCCUCACAAGCUGCCCCCCGCCAGCGAACAGGUGAUCAAAGACCUGAAGGGCUCAGACUACAGCUGGUCCUACCAGACCCCACCCUCAUCACCCAGCAGCUCCAGCUCCCGAAAGUCUAGCAUGUGCAGCGCCCCCAGCAGCAGUAGCAGUGCCAAGGGUGGCGGAGCCCCAUGGCCUGGGGGUGCCCAAACAUACUCACCCAGUUCCACCUGUCGCUACCGCAGCCUGGCGCAGCCAGCCACCACCGCCACCGCCCGCCUCUCCAGCGUUUCCUCCCACGACUCUGGCUUCGUCUCCCAGGAUGCCACCUACUCCAAGCCUCCCUCACCCAUGCCUUCAGACAUCACCAGCCAGAAGUCCUCCAGCUCUGCAUCCUCUGAGGCCUCGGAAACCUGCCAGUCUGUUAGCGAGUGCAGCUCCCCCACCUCGGACUGGGCCAAGGCCGGCCCCCACGAACAGCCCUCGGGCACGACCCUGCAGCGGAGGAAGGACCGAGUGGAGCUUCUCCGAGACACAGAGCCAGGCCCAGCCAGUGGGGGCACCGUGGGCCCCAGUGGAGAGGAGGCUCCACGCCCCCGCAUGUCCCCUGCCACGAUUGCAGCCAAGCACGGUGAGGAGGUGUCCCCUGCGGCCAGUGACCUGGCCAUGGUGCUGACCCGCGGCCUGAGCCUGGAACACCAGAAGAGCAGUCGGGACUCGCUGCAGUACUCCAGCGGCUACAGCACGCAGACCACCACGCCCUCAUGCUCGGAGGACACCAUCCCCUCCCAAGGCUCUGACUACGACUGCUACUCUGUGAACGGAGACGCAGACAGCGAGGGCCCGCCUGAGUUCGACAAGUCGUCCACCAUCCCUCGCAACAGCAACAUCGCCCAGAACUACCGCCGCCUGAUCCAGACCAAGCGCCCGGCCUCCACUGCGGGGCUGCCCACCGCCGGGCUGCCCACCGCCUCGGGCGCGCCCCCCGGCGUGGCCACCAUCCGCCGCACGCCCUCCACCAAGCCCACCGUGCGCCGGGCUCUCUCCAGUGCUGGACCCAUUCCCAUUCGGCCACCUAUCGUCCCUGUGAAGACACCCACCGUGCCCGACUCCCCCGGCUACGUGGGGCCCACACGGGCGGGCAGCGAGGAGUGCGUCUUUUACAGCGAUGAGGCCGCUUCGCCCCUGGCACCGGACCUGGUGAAGGCCUCCCCAAAGAGGCUGAGCCUGCCCAACACGGCCUGGGCCAGCCCAGCCUCUGAGCCCGCCGGCUACCCCGGGCCAGGGGCCGAGGAUGAGGAGCAGCAGCAGCAGCUGGCCGCCAACCGGCACAGCCUGGUAGAGAAGCUCGGGGAGCUGGUGGCGGGUGCCCAUGCCCUGGGCGAGGGCCAGUUUCCCUUCCCCACUGCCCUGUCAGCCACCCCCUCCGAGGAGACACCCACCUUGCCCCCAGCUGCCACUGGGGACCCCCCAGCUGAAGAUAUGCUGGUGGCCAUCCGGCGAGGGGUGCGGCUCCGCAGGACCGUCACCAACGACAGGUCAGCACCCCGCAUCUUGUGAUGGCGCCACUCUCCCACCCUCUGGCCAAGUGUGAGGCUGGCGGCCUGUGGAGCAGCCAGGGCUCUGAGCAGAGGCACAGCCAGGAGAGAGCAGAGCCAGGCAAGCUUUUUUCUUUUUAAAUCACAUAAGGCAAAGCCACUUUAUGAAAAGACACACCCAGCUUGGAUUUCAACGUUUAAACAGGAAGUGACUUCUUUAACAGACCUCACCGCGACCGAGCCUGCAGGCCUCGAACUGGAUUUGGAGCCUGUUUUAUACUCUCCUUGCCUACGACGUUCCUCUUUCUCCCUGCAGGCCCUGCCUUUCCCACAUCUCAGUCAGCCCGAACCCCCUCCCCUGCCCACGGCAGAGGGGCCAGGCCAGCCUCUCGCCGUCCCACCCACCGACCUGGGCCCACAGUGCCACAGCUUAGCUAACCUGGCCCGGCGGUGCCCCGGGUCUUUCCGGAAUGCUGGCCGCUGCGCCUCUGACUGAGCCCCUUUCCUUCCCUCUCCCUUCUCCGCCUCUCCCAUGCUCCCCUCCAUCCGGGAUGCAGGGUGGCUGUGGAGGGGCCAGGUGCCCAAUCAGCUAAGGUAGUGGCUUUGACUGAAAAGGUGUGCAGUGUGGCCAAUGGUUGUGGGGGCAGGUGAAAUUAGAAGGCAGCCCACUGUGAGGGAAGGGCCUUGGGUAGGAAAUGCAGGGGUCCUGCCUGGAGGGGUCCUGCGGGGGACCCCGAGGCAGUUUCCGUAUCCUGCCUUUCCCUUCUCUGUGAGGUAUGGCCGGGAUUGGUGAGCAGGGUCGGGCAGCAGGGAAGGCGUCCAGAGGCCUCCGGGGUCAUUGGGCCAGCCCCCCAGGAGCUGCUUUCAGAUGUCCAGUCCUCAUCUGAGCAUGUCAGAUCUAAUUCUGGUAGCACUUUGCUCACAGUUCCGGCCACCUUUGGGGGUGGGGGCUGGAGCUGCAGAGGAUAUGUGUGUGGGGUUACGAAUAUAAAAUGGAGCUGACUGGACAAAGACUGUGUGUGGGGACAGGGUGGAUGAUACAGGGUGUGUCCAAGAGUGCCUGACGGACAGGGGGCGCCCACAGUGGCCUGGUGGACCUUGGCAGGACAAGGAGGGCUGAAUUGGCUCCCCAAAAGCCAGGGGGCAGCUGUUCUCCAGCAUCCGGAGCAAAGCCAAGGUUGGGAUGGCCAGGGGGCGGGUCUUCCAACCCAUCUGAGGGGUGGGGAGCCCCCCACCAGGCCAGGCCAGGGGCAAGUCCCGGGAGACUGGCUUUGACUCUCUGUUGCCAGAGGAGAUGCCAUCCCAGGACGCGCUCCCCACCCCAGCCCUGCAGUCCUGGCAGCAAAGCAGGGGUGGGGCGGGCUGGGGGUGUCUUCCCCCUCCUUGCACCAAGUUGUGCCAACUCUAAGCAGGUAAAAGUAGGUGCACCUCCAGCGAGUGGAGGGCUUCCUCACGUCCUGCAGGCCAGCAGAGAGAGCUGAGCUCAAAGGGUGGCAGGGCCGCCUGGACAGGGUUGGUCUGAGUCUCCCAGCCCCAGCUGGAGAUCCUGGUAGUUCUUGUGCCGGGAACUGGGACCCAGGCAGCGUGGCCAGGUGGGGCUGGGGAACUAAGGGUGCCCCCGAGUGGAUGGAGCCCCCGGCUCCCCCAGGGCAAUGGAGAACAGUACCUGUAAGUCGCUAGAUCUGAAAACCACCUUGCUGAGCGCUGCGGCCAACCUCAGAGCCCAGGUUUGAGCACCUGGACAGGGCCCAGGCAAAGGAGGGCCUGAAGAGACUGAAAGGGCAGAGGGCCGGUUCGGGCAGCCCUGGGGUGGAGUACACACUGGCCCUCCCUCCAGGGCUGCAUGGGGCUUUGCCCAGGGGGGCGUAUGGAGUAGGAUGCAGGAAGUGUGACAGGAGCAGGGUAAGGAGCAGUGGGGUAGGAGUGUGGCUAGGUCCUGGAGUCCCAGAGAGGAAGAGCGUGCCUCCUGGGGAGUAGGGGUGGCUUUGGAGGCCCAGAGGGGGGAUGGGGGGACAUAGCCAUCCCACCCACCCUCAUCUGUCCCCCUCCCCUCCAAGCCACCCUGGGGCUGUACAUAACUCCUCCAUCCCUGUGACCACCUCUCAUCCAUUUUAGUGACCACCUCAUAGGCCCACUCCCCGGGAUCCGAGCCAACCAUCCCGCAUCAGACUUUGGUUUGGGGGACUUCCUUACAUUCGUUUUAUUUUUCAUUUUGUACAGAGAAAUAUUCUUUUCGAAAUCUUUUGACUGAAGUAACUUUUCUGGUGCUGUUGUUAACUUGUUCCUUCUUUUAAUUUAUUUUCCCACCCAGGCCACCCCUCCUGGUUCCCACUCACCCGUUCUUCCCGUCACUGCCCCCCGCCCCCAUCCACACCCUCCAUCCCAUCCGAGCCAUUUUGUUCCUUUUCUUUCUGUCAGUUUUUGGAUAAAUUAUCCUCUUCCCCUUCUCCCCCUCCGCCCCAUCCUGCCCUUGAUUUAAAUAGUCACUGCUACAAGUAACAAAUGCACUGUGAAGAUCCCAGUAUUAAUAAAGUUGUACUGUAAUUAA